AUGGCGGACGCGCUGUCCCGCCGUCCGGCCCAGCUCCUCGGCCGCACGUGGCCGCCGAGCACUGGGAGCUGGCACCUCGGGGGCAGGGGCGGGAAGCAGGACCAGCUGGAGGCCAGCGGGCAGGACGUGGCAGAGAGCUGUGGGCAAGGACUAGUGGUCAUGCUGGGGUCCGAGGCUCGGAACCGGGGGGCACCUGGGGGUGUGCGGAUCCUGUGGACACGAGGCCUCUUUGGAGUCAGGCCGCAGCCGCAGGACCGUGCUUCCUGCCACCCCGUGUGCAGCCUGGGCGUCAGGAUACGAGUGUUCCUGGGCAUCGGCCCCGUUGCAGGCACGGGCGGUGGGGGUGGGAAGCGGGGGAGCAGGCCCGGCCCCUGGUUCAGGGAUCCUGAGUCCCAGAAGAAUAGGUUGUCCACCCCUGAGGAGGCGUCCGUGACAGGCAUGGCCCCCGGGGAGGAGAGGCAGCCUCCUGGCAGUGCCCGGCAGGGGCAAGCGGGGACAUCAGGGGCGGCCUGUGCCCAGGCCCAGGGCCGCCUGAACAUCCGCUGGCAGCGCUGCGCGCGGGCCGGGCGCCGGCAGCCGCCGCUGCCGUUCUGGGAGCUCGUUCGCAUCCGCCAGCGCGGCGAGCGGCGCGGGGCCCUCGGAGCGGGAGGGACUCGGGGCUCGGUCCCCGGGGUCACCUGGCUGCCCGCUCCCCGCCGCGUCCCCGCACCCUCGGUGGCGCGCCCCGGCGGGCCGGCGGGGCCGGACGGACCCUCCCGGCCCUCGCUGCUCCGCGGCUCGGCUGCCCCGACCUCGCUCCCCGCCCGGGACGUGCAGCGCCGCAGACGCCAGGGCGCGCCGGGGGCUCGGCGGGGGCCGCGGCCGUGCCGCCUAGCCUCAGCCCUGCCCGGCGCCCUUGACAGAGCUUGGGCCAGCUCCGCGGGACACUUUGCAAAGUGCAGCCCAAGUGGCCGCCGAGCGGUGGGUUCCGGGGAGCUGGGAGCCGCCGGGCCGGACUACGGGGAGCGGGGGCCGGGCGGGGGGCGCGAGCGGCCGUGGGCCGGCCAUUCAUUUCGGAUCGCAGCAGUUGGUCCCCGAGCCGGGCCGCUGCCUCCUCUGGGUCGCCCCUGGGCGUGCUGGCCCCGUGGCACUCGGACACUGCGGCGGAGGCAGCGCGCGGAGCAGGGUGGGGUCUUCCGACCGGGGGGCUCCGCGCCGCUGUGCUCCUGCGGGGGGAGGCCACGCGGCGCCCCAGCCCGGCCCGCGCCCCUGGCUGGCUUGGCGCGCCGAGGGAACCGGGCCAGAGGGACCCGUGGGGACGCGGCGCCGCACGGCGGCGGCCGGAAGGGAAGGCCAGCCGGGCUCGUGGGGACUUCCCGCGGCCACCAGACCCUGCCCCUGCACUGUCCGCCGGGGGGUGGGGAUACGUGGUGGGGAAGAGAGCUGGGAAAGCGCAUGACCAGCCCACUCUCCUGCCCGCUGCAGACAGAGCUGGAGCUGGAGCCCAGCAUUCAAGGUGCCCCCUUGGACUGGCUCUGCCAGGCCCCCUUGGGGAAGGGUAAGAGGCAGGGUGGCCGGGGGCUGGGCCUGGCUGUGGCCUGCGCUGUGAGUUCCUACAGCUGGUCUUCAGCACCCGUGGCCCCGCCCCUGCGCACGGCCAGCCUACGGUCGCGCGUCCUGGCUCCCAGUGACCAGAAAGCCCCUCCCCGCCCCGUCUUCGCCAUCACCCAGAGCGAGAAGCAAGAGGGGACCACGGCCUGCCGCCCAGGAGCUGGCAGCACAGCUGUCCUUGCCUCCCCCACGGGGUCCUCACACCCACAGCUCUCACCCUCCCACACAGGGGUGGGGGUCACUCGAGUGAAAAAUGGGUUUGGGGUGAACUCAGAGCCCGGGGUCAAGGCCCGCUCAGCCUCCCCAGAGGCGGUAACUCGGCAGUGGCCCCCUGGGGGGCCCAGUUUGCAUCACAGAGAGGGCCAAGGGGAGGUGGCCUUCCAGGCCCGGCCCGCCGCCCUGCAGAAUGUGACCAUUGCAUUUUCUGAAUUCCUCCGGGGUGGCCGGGCCAAGGUGGCCGUGUGUAAACGGGGACUGCUUCUCCGGGCCCUGCAUGUGGCCGGCCGGGCGCUGCCCUCUGGGGACGCUGCAGAACCGGGUCUCGCUGGGUUCCUGGCUAGGGGCGGGGCCCGGGGGGUGGCUGGCUCUCGCCAUGCGGCCAAGCACGUCACGCUUGGGCCCAGCACAGGGAGCGAGGCGCUGGGGCUCGGUACCCCGACCCGGCAGGCUGGCUUUUCCUUAGCUGUGACACGCGGAGACUGGGGGGAGGUGGGGUCCUCCCCGGCGGCCGCAGAGCGACACCGCAGGUGCUGCCUCGUGCCUGCGUCUAGCAGUCAGUCAUCUGCGCGGGACUGCCCGGGCCAGGCUGUGCUCCAGGCCCGGGCCGCUGUGACCGGGCCACCCCCUCCGUCCUCCUGUGGGCAGCGACUCCAGGAAAGGGGCGAAGGGGGCGUCUGGGCGGGGUCAGGGGAGGCCGGGAGGAAGAAGGUGUUCCAGGGGCCGAUCCUAGAAAGAGGAGAGCAGGACCAGGGGAGGCCGGGGGGCAGCACGGGCCCGGCCAGCCGCCGCCCUGGGGAGAAGAGGGCGAGGGGCCCGGGGGGCCACGCGAGAGCAGCCGCGGGGAGGGUGACGCCCUCGCGGGGCCCUGGCCAGGGCUGCAGGGGGCACGGCCCCCCUUCAGCAGUCACACCCGCACUCAGUUGUCGGGCUGGUCUGCACCACGAUGGGAGGGUGGGCACUUGGCCGGUGCCGGAGCGGCGGCCAGUGCCGGGCGUCCGUCCCCCAGGAAGCGGGGCCGCUGAGGCACAGAGGGAAGGGCCAGGCCCCCGCAUCAGGACCCCGAGGGCCUGGGCCCGGCCAAGGGGCAGGUCGGGCCGCCAGCGCAUCCGGCCCACCUCCUGGCCUGUAGAACCCCUGAGAGGCCGGAGCUUCGCUGCCCGCGCCCCUGCCCCGCGGGGCCGCCUUCAGAUCGAGGGAGCCCGAGGCCGAGGCCUGCCCUCAUCGCAGCCAGUGGCCGUGUGCAGCCGUCGGAGCAGGGCUGUGGAAACACAGCAGCGGCAACAGGAGGGCUGCUCGGCUGCGGGUCAGCUGGGCGCCACGGUGCAGGGACCCCAGUCGGAGGCGGAGGGUGCCCACUUCGGACCGCGCAUUCUCUUGGUCUGCGUAGACGCCCACAAGGGACCGCCCCCUGCCCUCACCACGCUGAGGGACCCUCCCUCCAGAAAGCUUUCCUCCUGGAGCUGA